GAGAGACCAAUGGCAUGCUCUUAAAGUGGCCUAACUACCCCAUGAUAGAGACCACCUGCAAGCACUCCUUUUCCUUCUCUUCUAUUUAAUGUUUUGCAUCUCUUCAGCUACUUCUUGGUCUUUUUCUUCUCUAGCACCAAUGGAGGAUAUUAAAGCUAAGCAUGUUCCAGUGUUUGGUUAUUGGAAUUCUUGUGAUGAGCUUCCAGAGCUUUACUUUGAGUUCUUUGGAGAAGAUGGUGAGUCAUUCAAUGUGGCAAGAAAUCAAAAGAGUGAGCAAAAACCAAAGAGAGUACUCAAGGUUUCCAAAGCUGUGGAUGAGGAUUUGUACAAAAUACCUCCAGAACUGUUCUAUCAAAAGUCUCACAAGAAGAGGUUUCUGAGGAGCUUCUGGUUUGGAUGUUUGGGACUUAACUGCAUUUCUUGAGCUUUAAACUGUGCCCUUUGUAAUUUUUUUUUUCUUUCCUUUUUUAGUUUAGGAGUUGGAAAGGAGUUGAUGUUUUGUGUUCUUUUCCAGCAUUGUGAUCCAUUUCCUCCAUUAUUGAUUUAAUGCAGAUGGGAUGGGUGGUAAUUUACUGUGUCCUCUGUGUGUCUUCUGACUUGCAGGAAAUGGUUCUGGUCCUUUUGUCCACUUUAA